CUGACACACACGUGCUAUCGAGCAAUGCAUUGUGGGAUUUCAAAAUGGAGCUGUUUGUGCAGAGUACGCUAUGAUAUCCUUGGUGUUUAGCUGUCCACUGUCGUUUUUAGUGGAGUAGGCAGUCUUUUUACGACUCAGUACACUCCCGUGCCACUGUACAUCAUGGGGGUUUUGUGCUUUGCUCGGGGAGUGCUGGCGUCCGCCUCCGGGCUUGGUGUUUACGCCAGGAAAAAACCCGGAGGUUUGUGUGUAACCCUUCUCUCAAGUGUGUUAGCUCCAGCUGGGAUCCGUGUCAGGAGGUACAGCCAGGACACCGGUAAUCCUAAACACUCCCCGGGGCAAUUUGUGUGCUAUUACCUUCCGCACAGGAGCCUGCUGAAAAUUCAGGGACAAGACACGAGCGCGUUUCUCCAAGGUAUUAUAACCAAUGACAUGGCGGUGCUGGAUGAGCCUGAACACAGAGCUUUAUACGCACACAUGCUAAACGUGCAAGGAAGGACACUAUAUGACAUCAUAUUGUACAGAUUAAAAGAAACAGAAGGAGGAUAUGGUGUUUUCCUCGAGUGUGACAACACAAUUAAGGACUCCAUCUUGAAACACUUGAAAGUAUACAACCUCCGCAGAAAAGUCAACAUUAGCCCUUGUUCAGAGCUCUCUGUGUGGGCUGUGCUGUCCCAGCAAAACAAGCCAGGUCAAGAGUUCAGUAAGCCUGAGCUUUCUUCCCCUGAUAAAGCUCUGGCAUGGGAGGCUGAUCCAAGAACUCAGCAAAUGGGCUGGAGAUUUGUGCUACAGAGUGAUGUUGAUCCUCUCAAAGUCAUUACAUCCUGUCAGAAAGGAGACACUGAAGACUAUCACAGACAUCGCUAUGCCAUAGGUCUACCUGAGGGAGUCAAAGACCUUCCUCCUGGGGUUGCAUUACCACUAGAGUCCAAUCUUGUCUACAUGCAGGGUAUCAGCUUUAGCAAGGGCUGUUACAUUGGCCAGGAACUCACAGCCAGGACUCAUCACACUGGUGUGAUUCGAAAACGCCUGAUGCCAGUACGCUUGUCAUCUCCAGUGGAACACCUCGAGGAAGGAACGGCACUGUUAACCCAGUCAGGCAAGCCAGCUGGGAAGCACAGAGCAGGGACAGGAGAACUGGGCCUAAGUCUGAUCCGCAUGGCGCACGCCAAAGAGGUGUUGACGCUCAGAUCUUCUGACGACACUACAGUGACACUCGAAGCCUCCGUGCCAGACUGGUGGCCUGAAGAUGCGAAAUGUAACUGAAGGGAAUGUUUUAAAGCUCCCUAAAAAUGACAUGCAUCACAUCUGACAGACUUCUCAUGGACAUAACCCUCAAGUACAGUAUGUUACACUGUCAUUGCUUAACAGCUGUGUGGCACUGGUCCAUGUUUGGGUAUUUUUUAUUUUAUUUUUUUGCAAUAAAGCCCAAGUUUGUGUGUUUUUGAUUUUUUGCUUAAGUAUUAUUUACCACUGAACUAUCAUAGAUUUAUCACAGCUCUGUUCAUACUGGACACAAAUAGUGUUGGUGAUUAUUCAAUAAAUAUUUAAAAGAGAAAA